CAAAACUACAACUGGACGUUUGGGACUUUCCUCUGUAAAAUCUGUGGUGCUGUUUUGUCCGUUAAUUUGUAAGCUAGCAUAUUUUUCAUUGCUUCCAUGAGCGUGGACAGAUAUCUUGCUAUUGUGCAUCCCCUACAGUCUCAGAGCAGAAGAAGUUUAUGCCAGGCUCAGUUUAUCACCAUGAUGGUGUGGAAUUUGGAUUUUUUCUCAAGUCUUCCAACAAUUUACUUCAGAAACACAUACUAUCUGGAAAUGUACAAGGUGACCGCAUGUAUAAUGGACUUCCCUCAGGACGACUUCUCUGCCUGGUCUGCUGCACUGGGACUAAUGAAAAAUACACUUGGCUUUCUUGUUCCAUUUUCGAUCAUCAUCAGCUGUUACAUUGGCAUUGGAAAGUACCUGCUGAAAACGCUGUACCUGGAGAUAAACAAGCACAAGAGGGACAAGGUCCUGUGGAAGGUGCUGGCUGUACUGCUGGCUUUUUUCAUCUGCUGGUUUCCCUUUCACAUCCUAACAUUUCUUGAUAUCCUUACCAUGUUAAACCUCAUUACAAGUUGCAAGUUAAAGGCUCUCAUAGAUACCUUGAUGCCUUUUACACUUUGUGUGGUCUUUGCCAAUAGCUCUGUUAACCCUUUGCUAUACUGCUUCAUGGGCAAUGAUUUCCAGCAGGAGCUCAUCUAUCUAGUGAAGAGACGCUCAUCAGUGUUCCUUAAUAAAAGGAACUCUAUCAGCACACAGCUGAACUCUUUUUCAAGAAAAUUAAGUGAUGCGAAGGAGCUGGGAGGUUUACCCAAGUCAGGCCAUUCCUAAGAAGAGUGUAUAUUUGUGAAUCACUUCAUGUGUUCUCUCGCUGGUCUUCAACACUCAGCAUCUGACUCUGUUCGAUGCCACCAUUUUGUUGAAUCCAAAAUUUACAAGUUUAAAUGAUAACCAUCAUUAAAACCUCUUUUUUUAAUUCAGUCUUAUAAUAAGAAUAA